AUGAUUAGAACUACACCCCCUCGGGUUGACACCACCGUCACCCAGAACCCGCAUCUUGCGAUCACUUGUCAUGCCUUUUAUGACUGCCCUCGUCCCCGGUGUGAAACAUGCCUUCCAGCUGAGAUUUAUGACGCCCCAGGAGUCGGAUUCGAUCUAACUUCCUCAUACGGGACAUCCGCUGUACAUUUCUAUAAUGGAACAGUCGUCGAAGUUGUCCAGAUCCAUGGCAAACCCGAGUAUCUUGAGCUUAUGACACGUCUUGCCAAAGGAGGCAAGCCUAUAUUACUUGAAGAUCAAGGAACUCUCCAAAAGUUCUACUUCAAGCUGUUCUCUUUUUUGGACACUUUCUUAGGCAUCUCCUUUCCGGCGCGGGCAGGUUGGCGUUGGUUGAAUGAAAAGCUCAAGCGGCCAGUGGAAGUGGACGACAUAAAAAUUGUUAGCGAAAUGCUCUGGAAUCUUAAACUUAUCACAGAGAAGCAUAUACGCCAAGAUCUGAAUAGGGUGGCUAUUACGUCUCCCGAUAUACAAACCUUUAGUCCAGAAAUGAUCAAUACUGCUCUUCAAGAGCUAGAUCUACAGACCUGGGCAGGUGAUUGUCCAUGGUACCCCAAACGUCUGAUAGAGGCAGAUGCUGUUUAUGCCGCUAGCGGCUAUGGGCUGUGCAAACGCUAUCAUGAUCUAUGGCAGUGUACAGACGAGUUUGAAUGGAACAGUUCUCCGACAAUCCUUUUCGUUUCCUUCACUCGCCAUCUGUUAUACAUCAGCAUUACUAUUCCCAAUCGUGGUGAAGCUUUCGUGCGCUUCGCAAACGAUGAGAUACAAACCCUUGACUUUGAGCUAGGGCUAGAUUCAAUUCUUGAAGCAGAUAAUCCAGACUUAGCAUGGGCUCGUCUGCGUGAGCGAAUCACUAGUUUUUUUCUGUCCUCCGAGUUUCGAAUCACCGAUUUUUCUCUAGCUGGCGAGGGCACGGAAAACCCUAUUUUUCUGGCUAAUUUGAAAGACGCCUUGGCUGGGCUGUCAAAACUUCAUACUGAACCCAUAAUAGCCCCUUUUGGCUUGAUGGGAUUUAACCAUGGAAAGGAAGCUAUGAAUCUGACUUUCGCAGCUGCUCGGGGAGCAGCCUCGUAUGCAAGGAGGCGACAAGAAGUACAGUGCGACUGUUCAGAGCUUGAGGAUUGUGAAUCAUCUCGACAAAAGGAACGGUCAGGAGGCCAGGUGAAGUUAGAUUUAUGA